GUUCCCUGGCGAGUUCGCUUGCUUUGACGGGGCUAUCGAGUCGCUAAUUCGCUGUCGAGCUGUCGCUGGCUGAGGCCGGGCGCGCGAUUUGGCAAACGCCAGCCUUGCCGAGCCCUGAAAUCCCAAAGUGAUGAGUCGGAAGCUGCUCAAUGAGUUGCCCCGAGCCCCGCUCUGGCCUCUGAUCGACUCUGGUGAAGCACAGCUCAUCACACAAGGAGCAGAAGCCCAAGUCUAUCGAGCUCGAUUGGCUCCAUCAUCGAUUUUGACUCGUAGCACUCCCUCGGCCUCUGCAGACGAGCCGUCCAUCGCUGUGAUCCUCAAACAUCGCUUCAGCAAAGCGUACAGACAUCCUACACUCGAUCGGACGCUCACGCGCGCCAGAAUCACCUCGGAAGCCAAGGCUUUGAUGAGAUGCACGCAAGCCGGCAUACCCGUUGCUGCCCUCGUCGCGCUCGAUUUGGACCAUGCCAUCCUCGCCAUUCGGUACAUAGAAGGACCGGGAAGCGUCAAAACGGUACUGGGCGGCUUGCCCGAGCUUGACACCUCGCCGGAUGCCCAGGCGGGCGAUGUGACCGAAUCACCCAGCUUGCUCGACGCGCUCCAACUCACUCAAGCGGACUUGAUGGUCAUGAUCGGCAGCACGCUGGCCAAGAUGCACCAAGCAGGCACCAUCCAUGGCGAUCUGACAACGUCGAACAUGAUGCUCGAGCAAAGUGGCGAUCGCUUCCAGCUCGUCCUGAUUGACUUUGGCCUUUCGACGAUAUCUGUCUCUCAGGAGGACAGAGCGGUCGAUCUCUAUGUUCUGGAAAGGGCGAUGCAAUCAACUCAUCCCGAAGCCGAGGGACUGCCCUUUGCUGCGACACGCUUUGCCAGCAUUCUGCAAGCGUACGAACGCUCUGUCGGUCCUGCUGAAUGGGAUCACACUCGUCGUCGUCUGGAAGAUGUGAGACAACGAGGCAGGAAGCGCUCCAUGGUGGGAUAACUUUAAGAAAGCAUGCGCUGCACAAUGUCAUCUGACGACCUGACGAAUCGCACGCCGACCGGCUGGCAGGUGUCCCGAGCAGAAGACAAGCCGCCUUUGCCGUCGACGGCUUUGCAAGCAUCGCUUAUCACGAUCGUCUCGAAGCCGAGUCGGG